UUUUUAGGGUUUUGGCGAUGGCGGGGGCGCUGGCGUGUGUCCAAUCCUCGUGGCGUUGCUGCGUAGCUCGCAAUCUGGUGCGCGGCCGAUCGAUCAGCUACAGGAGCUUCCAUGAUGCGAUCCCAGCAAUCAAGCAGCAGCCAUUUGUCUACAGUCAAGAGGUCCAUGCGCCAAUGUGCUCGAUCCGAGACUUGCCGUGUGAUUUUCCCGCUACUUCUUCUUCCCAGCCCCAAGCUCAGAGCUCGUCUACAUUGUCCAAAGGACGCAUUCUUCUCGUAGAUGGAAGCGCUGUUAUUUUUCGCGCCUACUACAAAGUCAUGGCCAAGGCUCACCAUAACUUGAUACCAGAGCUAGAAUCUGAGGCCGACUGGGUUUUAACAGUUUUCACAGCCUUCACCACAAUACUGGGACUGCUCGACUUAAGCCCGUCUCACUUCGCUGUUGUUUUCGAUCAUAAAGGUGGGUUUGCAGACGAGCAACGAUGUCUGACUUUUCGGCAUACGAUGUUUCCCGAGUAUAAGAAGAAUCGUCCACCGACGCCAGACACGAUUUAUCAGGGCCUCGAUCAUCUUAGACCUGCUCUUGUUGCCAUGGGGAUCAAAGUGAUAGAAGUUCCGGGCGUUGAAGCCGACGAUGUGAUCGCGACACUAGCAGUCUCAGCUGCGACUUCAGAGAUGAAGGUACGAAUCGUUUCACCCGACAAAGAUUUCUUUCAAAUAUUAUCUCCAGAUAUCCGACUUCUGAGGUUCGUUCCGAAAGGUGCCGGGAUGGUUUCGUUUGGCAUGGAAGAGUUCUCAGCAAGAUUUGGAAGCUUGGAACCAGCACAGUUCGUGGAUGUACUGUCUCUUAUAGGCGACACAUGUGACAAUAUACCAGGCAAGUACUACCAUACGAUUGACUCAAGGCUACGCUCCAUAACUUGUAACAUUGCAGGUAUUCCAGGCAUUGGCGAGAAAACGGCAAUAGAGCUUAUCACAAAGUUUGGGUCCGUUGAAAAUUUGUUAAAGCAAAGAGACAAAGUGACUACGAAGAGGGCUCUCAAGGGGCUUCUGGCUGACAAAGGCGAGGCUUUACUUAGCAAACGCCUGGUCGCACUGAGGGCGGAUUUACCAUCUUACAUGCUACCAUUUACAAUGGAUGAUUUUAUCUGGCGCAAAGUUCACGAUGAUGGCCAGCGGCUGUUUCAACUUCUCAAAGCAAUGAGCUCGUUUGUGGACGGCGAAAUUCACGUCGAGCUACAGGACCGAAUCUUGGGCUUGUGGAAGAAACUGGAAACAAAGCCGUGACAGCGUCAGGAACGGGUUUACUUAGCAGGAGGGAGCCAAUUUUUUGAAGGGAGGCUCCUCGAGCUAGAAAAAGUAGCACACGACCAGGACAAGUGUUCAUUGGGCAUAUUC